AUGGGCAACCAAGUGAGCUCCCCAGCAGGCGGUGCUGCUCCUGGCCAUCAGGGCGGCUGUCCCGUGCAACAUGACGCUACAGACGCGGCGUUCGAUGCGCAGACGGAAAGGGGAUGUCCCGUGCAGCACGACAAGACGUCGCCGAUCGUCGAAGCCAUGGCUAGUGGCUGCCCUGUUGAGCGAGAAAGGAAGAAGGACCAAGAGGUCUACAACGUGUACGGACAACGCAUUGACCCGAGCAACAUGAUGCCGUACAGUCCCAAUCAAGACCCUGUUGACGGCCAGCGGUACCCUCUGCCUCAAGGUCGUGUACAGUCUACAAUUCCGAAGGGUGGAACAGAAGGCACGUGGCUCUACCCGUCCGAGCAAAUGUUUUAUAACGCACUCAAGCGCAAGGAAAAGGGAGACGAUGUGCACGAAGGAGACAUGCGGGCUAUCGUGUCGAUCCACAAUAAUAUGAACGAGCGUGCCUGGGCUCAGGUGGAGCACUACGAGAAGGUGUGCCACCCAGACCUUGAAGGCUCGAAGCUGCUCAAGUUCUGCGGUCGUCCCGACAAGCUCACGCCUAUCGCGUGGAUCAAGAGCAUGCUAGGAUAUGGGACGCCGUUUGAUCGACAUGACUGGACGGUGCUGCGUGGCGACAACACGCAGGUGCGAUACGUGAUUGAUUACUACUUUGAUGACGACAAAUCAGCACUGGAUGAAGUUCCUGAGCUGCACUCUGCGGACAAAGUCAAGAGUAUCUCUAUGUACGCGCGUCCUGCGGUGGACUCGGUGGGUGCGCUGAUCGACCGAAUCAAGUUUCCUGUUGCAGGCUUUUUGGACGGCCUCAAGGGCCCGGAUCUCUCUGCUCGCUCUACACUAGUAGAGCGUACUCAAGAAGAAAAGCAAGCUCCAGGGGCGUUGUCAGUUGAAGAGGUCGAGCAGACAUUUGCUAAGGUCAAGGACACGUGCAAAGGCUGUAUGCAAGAGGUCAGGACGUGUAGCAGCGAAGUACAGUGCUCACGAGCGGCCAUGGCUCUCCAACUCUGCAUGGGCCGCAUUAUCUGUCCGUCGGAGGCAGCUGCUUUCACCAAGGCACUCGAUGGUGGUGAUGAGACAGCUGUCGAGGCAGCGUUCGACGCCAUGACUCGUGGCCUGGAGCAGUUUCAGGAGCGCGGAGCGAGUGCUAUGCACGAGCAAGCGGUCCGCGAGUCGCUUGCUCGGAAGUAG